UAUAGAACGAUGGGCGGAUACAGGGCGACAAACUCAUCGGUGGAGUAACGUUAUAUAAGACCUGCUUUUCUGUUCAAUGCGCGCAGAGAAGUAAAGCGGAGAGGGAGAGAGGCUCGUGAACAUCUUUACUCUAAACACAUUUUUAAGUUUAGGGUUACCAAACCGGAAGAGCUAGAGAGAGCCAGCAUGUCUAAAGCUGGACUAAUGUCUUCACCCAUAUGUUUGGUGGAGAAUGUGAAUGGAUCACUCAGCGUCUAUAAGCAGGCCAUUGAGUUCCUGAGUAGGAUCAAUGAGCCGGUGGUGGUGGUGUCUGUGGUGGGACUCUACCGUACGGGGAAGUCUUACCUCAUGAACCGCCUGGCUGGACAACAGUCAGGCUUUGCUCUCGGCAAUACUAUUGAGUCGAAGACCAAAGGCAUCUGGAUGUGGUGUGUCCCUCACCCUAAAAUAGAAGGACACACUCUAGUGCUGCUGGACACAGAGGGACUUGGUGACGUGGCCAAAGGAGACUCUAAGAAUGACAGCUGGAUCUUCUGUCUGGCUGUUCUGCUCAGCAGCACACUGGUGUACAACAGCCGUGGCACUAUUGAUAACUCUGCAGUGGAAAAGCUGCACUACGUUGUUGAACUCACUGAGCAGAUCAAGAUCAGAUCGACAGAAGCAGCAGUUGAUGAGGAGGAAGAAGAGGAUUGUAAGUUUGUGCAGUUUUUCCCAUCAUUCACCUGGGUCGUGAGAGAUUUCACCUUGGAAUUAGAAAUUGAUGGGAAGAGUGUGACCGAGGACGAGUACCUUGAAUUUGCCCUUCAGCUCAAGAAAGGUGUGGGCAAGAAAGCCAGUGACUACAACCUGCCUCGUCAGUGCAUCCGAAACUAUUUCCCAUCCCCCAGGAAGUGUUUUGUGUUCCCUUCUCCAGCCUCGCCUCAAAACAUGACACGCUUAGAAAGCUUGCAUGAACGGGACCUUGUACCUGAUUUUCUACAGGUCACAGGGCAUUUUUGUGACCACAUCUUUCACAAUAGUGUCGUGAAAACAGUGAAAGGAGGACACAGAGUUACUGGCAAAUUGCUCGGACAUCUGGUUGAGAUUUAUGUAAACACAAUCAAAAGUGGUAAAGUGCCCUGUCUUGAAAAUGCAGUUGUUGCGCUUGCGAAUCUAGAGAACCAGACAGCUGUUCAAGAAGCUUUAAAAGCAUAUCAGAUUGGGAUGGAAAAGGUGAAGAACAAGUUCCCAGUAGGUGUGGAUGAUAUUUCCUUAGAGCACCAGAAGUUCAGCAGUCUGGCCACCGCUGAGUUUAUGAAACGCUCCUUUAAAGACGAAAAAGGAAAAUAUGUGAACAAACUGAGGGAAGACAUAGAUAUGUACUAUAUAGGCCUGCUGCAAGAGAAUGAGAUGGCAUCAGAAAGAAAGUGCAGAGAUCUGCUGAAGAAUCUGUUCUCUGACAUGAAUAAACGGCUGCAGGAUGGAGAGUACAGUAAGUCUGGAGGAUAUGAACUCUACUGCAGAGACAGAGACGCCGUUGUUGAGCAGUACCGCAGAGAACCCAAAAAAGGUGUAUCGUCUGAGGCAGUGCUGAAUGAGUUUCUGAAUGAGCGAGGACCAGAAGCAAAUAGCAUCCUCUACAUGGACACAAAACUCACUGAAAAUGACAGAAAGAUUGAAGAACAAAAGGAAAAGAAUGCUCUACUGGAACAGAAGUUUAAAGAGGAAGAGGAGAAACGCAUUGAGAGUGAGCGAAUGAUGCAGGCAGAGAAAGAGAGGCAGCAGGACCAAAUGAGGCAGAUGCAGGAGAAGUUCAACAAGGAGCUGGAGCAGCAGCAGCAGGAGAUGGACAGAGCCAUUGAGAGCAAGCUGAUGGAGCGGGAGGAGAUGAUAAAGAAGAACAUGAAGGAGAAAGCUGAUCUCCUGAACGAAGAGAUAACAAAUCUAAAAAAAGAAAAGGAAAAUUCUGGUGGUUUUAUGAAGGAAUAUGUGAUGCCUUUUGUAGGAGCUUUGAAAGAAAUCCUUCCAUCUGUCCUUAAGUAUAGAGUGCUGAUGAAAGGACUCAAAAAGUAAAGUAAAAUGACCUUUUCCAUGCAAAUCACUGUUGCAUCACAGAUAGAUAUAUUCAUAUCGCUUACAAGACACAAAGUAUUUUUUUUUUUAUUUAGACUGUGUUUUGUUUGUUAACGAGUAGUGUUCUAAUUCACAUACUUAAUGUACUGUAUACUGUGUAAUAAAAGUUUGCACUAUGUUGCUGGUGAUGGGA